ACCAAUCGGUUCGAUUCAUGUUCAGCAGCGCGCUUAUGGUUGGUCAGUUGCUGUUUCUUGACACGGUCAAGCGGAGCGUUGAGUCACGGGUGUGAAAUAUACACCGAAGCUGAGCCAUAAAAUCCGGAUUUCACACAUCAGAUACGAGAAGCUGUCUCAUUUUCGAUGCUGUUUAUAUUUACUUACAGCUUUACCUGUCAGAGUGUCACGUAUACUAGGUUAAAUUGGAGAUUUUUAUUUCCACCGUGAAAACGGAGAAUACAGAAACGGUUCGCGGGGGACGCGGCUGCAAAGACAAAUGUUCGGAUUUUGGCCAGGUUCUUGGUUGAGAAUCGCGCAGAUCGUUGUCGCAUCUCAUCCCGCUGGCGCACGUCUCACGCUUCCGAAGCGUUGACGUUGUUAUUGUGGUUGUGAAGAAUGCCAAGGUUUCAUAUUAAUAUCUAGUGUUUGGAGUGUAUAAGGUUAUUUGUGGGAUUAGGGAUCCGCUGCAGCUUCUUGCAUUCGUGAUGCGCUACUUGUUGAUUUUCCAAUUUUUCCAUAAUAUUUUGAUCGUUGAUCUCGCAGUAUCCGUCGUUUGAACUUCAUUUUCAAGCAGGAUUGUGAAGCAAAGAGCAGUUAAAAGUUGAUAUUCGAAAAUGUCCGCACAAGAUUAUUUCUACAUCGAAGUGGACAAAGGCAACAAGCCGACAUACGGGAUGACAUUAUUGGGCAGCGGUCCUUGUAUCGUAUCCGACGUCGUAGCCAACGGUGCGGCUGAUCUGAGUGGCGUCCGCCCCGGUUUCGUCGUCCUGGAGAUCGAUGGGAAUAAUGUGAUUUCCAAGAACCACAAGGAGGUCCGGGAGAUUAUCCGUGUAGCGGAAAGUAACACGGGUGGUAGUAUACAGUUUAAAUUCGCCACAAUGGACGCAGCCUGCCAUUUCUUUGGGCGCAGUCUGCGGGAAACAUUUGAAAGCAGCCGGUCAAGGAGAAAAUCGGAUGGUGCUCGGCCGUCCGCGAGUCCCAAGGCACGCAAAUCCGAUAGUAAUCUCAGGAUGGCAGCGGAUUCGCGGCAACCUUCAGCGGAGAUAAAAGACAAUCGACCAUCACACUCCGUUGCCGUUCAAGUGGAUUAUCAGAUGGAUUCGCCUCCCGUGAAUCAGGCGCGGAAGCUGCGGACUCCACCACGCGAACGGAAACCCACACAACCUCGAUAUGGUGGAGAAGUGACACGCCGACCACACAUCCAUCAGACGCGCGACCUGACCCGGUGGAUGAUGCGAACUGCUGAUCCGCAGAAUGUCUCGUCGCCAUUGAAUAACAAGUCCUCACUGAGCCCGGCAGCCGGCACCACCGAGUUCGUUUGUGUAUAUUAUUUUAACCUGGUUGACCUUUUGGGACCGGUAGAGGAGAGUGUCUUUCGCGAGCAUGUCGAGGCGUUGAAAGUCCAACCGGGACAGCGCUUCUGGGCCCGGCUGGUCAUCAACGAUAAGCGCUUGACCAUUUUCCGGCGCGAAGGGAAAUAUGUCUCGUAUUCGCAGCGAAACAUGCGCGAUGUCUUUGUCCAUGAGGAUGGGAACUUUUUCGGCUUCACCGCGGUGCGGUUGUCGCAGGUGAAAAGCAUGUCGCCAAAUCAGAUGGGCGGCAGUCCGGCGCAGACCUUAGAUGUGUAUUCCUGCCACAUAAUGUACGUCGAUCCGGAGCUGAAGGCCACGAAAGCCCGACAACGGGAGAUUUUGUCAGAUUUAUUCGGCAAAGACCGGUUGUUGGUGAUGAACAACAGUGCCGGCGCGUAUUUCCCGCACAGUGCCAGCGAUGUGGCCAGCGCAUUGCGGACACUGGUCAAGGUGGAGAGCUCACCGGAGGACACGAUGAUUGUCAGCAAAUCCCGCGCCAACGCCAGCACUGUGGAUCUGCUGAAGGAGUCUCAAGGCUGCGAUGAUGCCACCGCCAAUUUUAAUAGUGCCAGCGAUUUACGGAAUAGUAUGCGGAAGUACGGACCGUAUCUGGGGUUGAACCGGCAUUCGAUAUCAACGGAGAAUGUGGGACGGCUACAGCGACCGGCGCCGGUAUUGGUCAAUUCUCGCCUUAGCUGCGUUACCGGAUUGUAUGCAAAUGGCCUACCGCAGACCAUUGCGGAGACGGAAGUGAUGAUAUCCUCACUGGCCAGCUCGCAGUCGGAUGGAAUCGGGUCUAUGUCGUCUUAUGAUGAGGAGUUUGAAAGGUGUCUGCGGAGGGAAGCAGUGUCUUCGUUUGAUCUCACCGGACGAACGGGAAACGAUGGGUUUAUCACACCGGUUAGACCCAUUGCCGCGCCUAUGAAGAAGCUGGAACUGCUGGAUGUUCUACACGAUCCGAAAGGGUUAAAUUUGUUCCAGGCUUUCUUGAAACAAGAACACAGCGAGGAGAACAGCAAUUUCUGGCUAGCCUGUCAGGAUUACCGGGCGCUGAAGAAAUCUCGUGAGAUUGAGGCGAAUGCGCGCAAGAUAUUUGACAGGUAUCUGUCUGUGCAUGCAUCGGAGCCCAUCAACGUUGACAGUGAUGUGCGCAAUGUAAUUGAACGCAAUCUCAAAGUGGCCACUACUUGUCUCUUCGAUACGGCUGCCAAACAGGUUUUCGAUCUGAUGAACACCGACUCGUUUCCCCGCUUUGUCAAAUCAGCCUAUUAUGGCCAGCUGAUGCAGAUUCUCCAUCCCGAUGUCAACUUGUUCAACAAAAGCAUGACGUGCCUGGAUAAGAAGGAGACCAAUCUUGGACCGUCACGCAAUAGCGGGAUCCUGGGCUGGCUGGGAAAAAGAUCGAAAACCGAUUCGGAUACGCCACGCUCUGGCCGCCAGUCGUUGCCGGUGACCGUCGACUCGCCAAUGGAUCAGCGGCGACAUUCGGUAGUGAAGAAUCGCUUUCAGAAGUUAAUUGACAAAGGAAGGAAAUCGCUGAGUGCACGCGUCAAAUCAUCCCGUCGUGAAAGUCUAAUGGAAUGGGUGGGUGAAAAUCGAAGCCCUCUUUCAAAUCCGCAACCUGUCCCGCACAUCAAUGUCUCUCCAGCCCCCUUUGAAUUCCGCAAGCCGUUGACCCCUCCCCCAAAAAUGGAAGUGGUGGUGCGCAGGGAACGCAAGUCGCAGUCCGCUAGCAAGGAGAAACGUCUUUCACUACAGUCAUUCCAGCGUAACAAAUCUAAGGAAACCACCAUCCCCACCGAGUGGACUUUCAGUCGCAGCUCACUGGACGGACUGGAGAAUGUCGGUCCGGCGCAGUCCGCACGAUUAGCCCGGGAGAGCGUCUCGUAUGUGAAUUUUGAACGGAAUCUGAAGUCUUGAAUUUUUCUCCAGUUUCUUUCUCUGUGAGUUUCGUUUGUGGUGUAAAUAUGCGUUUUGCACGCUGGCAUCUUGUAUGUUCUUCAUGGCGCUCCGACAGAUGAAACGUGGAUAAUUUUUAUGUUUUGUGAUUUUCUUGCAAUCCAAAUUUGUACCGUCGUGCAGAGCAGAUUGUGCUUUAAUGUGGCACAUUUUUCAACCCUUUACAUUAUGUACGUCGUUUGUAGCGUCCUGCUGUACUUGUUUUGUCGUAAGUUUCUUUAAAAUUCUCUUGAAUUUUAACGGGUUUGAUAACCAUUGUGUUCGAUUUUUAAGAGCACUUUAAAAUGCAAAUGGUAUAAUAAAGUAUCAUUUCUUGU